GCAGGAAUGUACACAGUGGCCUCAUGGCGAGCUCCACAGCGCCUAACUGGAAAGCCUCGCCGUUUCUCUGUGUCAUGCUCCUUUUCUAUCCCUGACUACACUACCCACUUUAUCUCUGGAUAAUGUUUUGGUCCUCUUUGAUUGGAACUUGCGCCUUUUUCAGAGCAGACUGACCACACAUUUUGGAUUUAACUGAUUUUUUUGAGGGCAGGAGAAUGGCCUUAAAACCACGAGAAGUUUUCUCUUUCAAAGACUCAGAACUUCCCUCCCACCUUCUUGCCCAGCUCAACAUCCUCCGUCAGGAACGAAUCCUGACAGAUGUCCUGCUCUGCACGGAGCACCACGAGAUCCCCUGCCAUAGGAACGUCUUGGUGUCCAGCAGCCCGUACUUCCGUGCCAUGUUCUGCAGCAACUUCCUGGAGAGCAGUCAGGCUCGUGUGAAUCUGAAGGGAAUCUCCUCAAAUGUCCUCAGUGGCAUUGUGGACUACGUCUACACAGGCUGCGUCACUAUAACCAUGGAGAUUGUGCUCCCGCUUAUGCAGGCAGCCUCCAUGCUUCACUAUGGAGGUCUCUUUGAGGCUUGCUCCAUGUUCCUGCAGGAGCAGCUGAGUCCAGAAAACUGUCUGAGCAUGAUACGGCUCUCUGAGAUCCUUCACUGUGAGAGUUUGAGGGAGAGGGCAAAGGAGAUGGCUGUGAGGUGUUUCUCUGAUGUAGCUGCAACAGAGGACUUCUGUGAGUUGUCUCUUCCUGAGCUCAUGUGUUAUCUAGAAGAUGACAGACUUUGUGCUGAGGAGGAGCAAGUGUUUGAGACCCUCCUAGCAUGGAUCCACCACGACCCAUUCUCUCGACGCGGUGCAAUCCACGAUCUCUUCAAGAAAGUUCGUCUUCGCUACAUCCAUCCAACAUACCUCUUCCAGUUCAUCGCCAAUGACCCACUGGUGCAGUCCUCCACCCUCUGUACUGAGAUAAUCGAGUCAGUACGUCGCCUCAUGCUUACAGUCAGCACCAAGUGUAGCCGAGAGCUCAAGCCACUUUGGACCACACCGCGACGCUACACCUGCAGAGAAACACUGGUGGUGGUUGGUGGACGCAAAAACAACGAACAAACCUCCCGAGAAGCCCUGCUAUAUGACGAAAGGACUCAUCGUUGGCAGUGGUUGGCCAAGCUCCCACUGCGCCUCUACAAAGCUGCAUACGUGUGUAUUCAUAGCAUCCUCUAUGUACUUGGCGGGCUCAGCCUCUGCAUGACAUCAGGUGACAGCUCAGUCAGCGCCACAGUUUACACACUGUCCCUGAAGACCAACCAGUGGCGGACUGCUGAGCCCAUGUUGGAGCCACGAUAUGCCCACCAAAGUGUGUCCUAUCUGCACUUUAUUUUUGUGUUAGGAGGAAUUGGGGUGGACAAGAAGAUCUCUCAGUCUGUAGAGAGAUACAACAGCAUGUUUAAUCAAUGGGAGGGCAUGGCACCAAUGCCUACAGCAGUUCUGCAUCCAGCUGUUGCAGCCAGUGAUCAGAAGAUCUAUGUUUUUGGAGGGGAGGAUGCCAUGCAGAAUCCAGUCAGGUUGAUUCAGGUGUAUCACAUAUCUCGCAACUUCUGGUCCAGGCUAGAAACAAGGACAGUGAAAAAUGUCUGCGCUCCUGCUGCUGUCAUUGAAGACAAGAUCUACAUCAUAGGAGGAUACACCAGACGAAUGAUCGCCUACGACACAAAAGCCAACAAAUUCGUCAAGUGUGAGAACCUUAAAGAGCGGCGGAUGCAUCACAGCGCUACAGUGAUCAACAACAAGCUUUAUGUCACCGGUGGACGCAUCCUCAAUGGCCAUGACAUCAUCGAGGACUCGGACUGUUUCGACUGUUAUGAUCCAAAAACAGAUGUUUGGACCUCGAAAGGUUCUUUGCCGUACAAGCUGUUUGACCACGGCUCCCUGCCGUUAGUGUGUGUUUCCAACAGACCCAACCCACCGUGAGCCAUCAUACAACCAGUCACUUGGGCGAACGCUUUGCAUGUUCUUCCUCUCCUCCCCUUUUGUCAUGAUUCAUUUGCCUCUAAUGACACAAAUGGGAGACCAUUUCAAACUGACUGCAUUCCUUCACGCAGCACAGUCUCUGCCACAAUUUAGCAGCACGUUAGACCAGCUCGACUUUCAUCUGAAUCAAAGGAGAGCUCAGCUGAGGAGCAGACGUGUCAUUACCAAGGCACCUGGUGUGGAACUGAACCGAGACCCCACGAAAUGACACAAGGCAGACGCACUUACAUAACAAGCAGCUGUUCAGACACAUACGUAAUCCAAAAAGCUCUUUCCGCAGAUGGCUGCGCUCGUUUGAUGGUAACUAGAAGUGUUAAUGCUUUAAUUUUCUAGACAUUUAUACACAGCAAAGCACUGCCUGGCAGCUGCAGUUGACUUCCCUUUAACAAUUAAGUACAGAGGGAAGCAGAAGGGAGAGCGCAGACCUCCU